AGGCCUCGCGGUUCGUAGACAGCCGCGGUACGGCAGUCGUACUUUUGCACUGAUUGAUUAAAGUUUCUCACUUUGAAUUAGUUUAUCGAUGACAAUUACUGUCGGCUGUCUGUCGCUGUCUGUUUGCGGUCUGUAAGUGAAGUAGUUCCUACUGUUGGUUGUGCGGUUUCGGGCGGACUCGCAGGAUGUAUACUGUUUCCAAAGGUCCCAGCAAACUGGUGGCGAAAACGCGAAGAGGGAUACCGCAGAAUUAUGAAAAGUUUGAGCUGAUGCGUGAUUUGGGCAAGAAGAACGGUGACUGUGAUAUAGACAGUGAAUUGAGUGUACCCCGACCAGUGUUCCAGACAACGAAGAAAUCAGCCACACACUACCUGCGAGCACAGCAACAGCAAGCCGUAGGAGAGCAUCUGAGUCCGCAACACGAGGAGCUGAUAAAAUACAUAAAUGAUUCGUGGAACAUGGCGGUAGCACCAAAUCCCUACGACGUUCCAGGUUCCCCUGACAGCACAAGUUCCAACACCUCCCUCUCAUCGUCCUGCAGUACCAGUUCAGCGUCCUCCACCUGCUCGAAUUGCAGUACGACGACACUGUACUACAACGACCCGCCCAGCCCGGUGCUGGUGGAUUUCAAACCGUUCGAUCUGGAGUCCUGGUGGGGGCGGAGAAUAUUUAACAAUAUUACCAAAAAUCUGUGAAAGUCUGAAUUGCUAGGCGUAGAAACACAAACACAAAGAAAUCACAUAUAAAAUUUACAAUUACUCACCGCAAACAAGCUAUCGCGAAACUAAUCAGCUGAAAACCAAUAAAGCAAAAUCUGUGAAACUCUCGAGGAAGGCUAAAUUGUAAAAAGUAGUGAUAUGAUUAGAAGAAAAAAAAAUGGAAACAGUCGGUAGCAAUCCAAAGGGCAAAUCUGAGAAAACAAAUGGUGCAUUAUCAGCUCGAAAUCAGUAUGUUGCAGAAGAACCAGCCAAUCAAGACUAAGGGAAUGUGGGCGUAAGAAAGGUAUGUUUUUGUGAUGAUACUUAGGGCAUUUAGGAAUGUUUUGUUUAUGUUCGCGAAUGAAUGAGAGCAGGGAUCGUUUCAGUUGCUUAGUUGAAGUAUGCUUAUUAGUGGCCUAGGAAAUGAGCCGUGCACAAUUUGAGCAAAAUUUCGAAAAUGAGCUUGUCCAAUUGUAUCGUUACCUGGAUGACAAUUACGAAGAAUUGUUUCACUUUUGUCUGACGUUCUAAAUCAGGGCUGGUACACAAUCCAGCCAUUCUCAUCAACGGCGAAGAAAACGGAUUGAAGCUCUAUUUAUUGUCUCUAGUGAGCUUACAGCAGCUGGGUACGGAAAUCCCAAAAAGACCGAUUUGUUUCAAUUGAGUGUUGGCUAGGGGUGCACAGAAAAUCGCAGCUGAUCGUCAAAAGUAAUUAUACUGAGAUAGUGUUACCUAUUAGAUAUGUUACGGAACUGAGAUAAGAGAAAAAAGUGCUAGUAAAAAGAAGACAUUUGAUAUAAAACAAUGUUGAUACAGUACGAGGACAA